AUCAUGGACUUGCCCGAUCCCUAUUUACCCGGAGCAAUAAGCUUGUUCGAGCAGCUUGACAAAAAAUUAUUAGUUGUUCUCCGCGACGGACGGAAAUUGAUUGGCUUCUUGAGAUCGAUAGAUCAAUUUGCCAAUCUUAUAUUGGAAGAUGUCGUAGAACGCACAUUUGUUGAGAAAUACUUCUGUGAAACGGGUCAAGGAUUCAUGCUUAUUCGCGGAGAGAAUGUUGAGCUUGCUGGAGAAAUCGAUGAUACCAUUGAGACUGGACUUACGCAGGUGUCUCCCGAAGAAUUUCGUCGGCUGGAGGAUGAGUAUAUUGCCAAAAAUCCGCCAAAGUUCCUAAAACGACAAGCAGAGAAAACAGAAGAACACGAUGCAUGAAUCUGUAUUCUGAAAAAAGAAAACACGUCGCACGGGUUGAUUCUACAUCUCGAUUUUCAAUUUGAAAUUUCCCUUUCUUGUGCUAUGUUUGUUUGAAAUUUUAUGUAAUUCCUUGAUAUUCUGACGAGAAGUAAACUAAUUUGAUUC